CAAACCUACAUCACACAAUUACACACAUACCCACCUCAAACCUACAUCACACAGUUACACACAUACCCACCUCAAACCUACAUCACACAGUUACACACAUACCCACCUCAAACCUACAUCACACAGUUACACACAUACCCACCUCAAACCUACAUCACACAAUUACACACAUACCCACCUCAAACCUACAUCACACAGUUACACACAUACCCACCUCAAACCUACAUCACACAAUUACACACAUACCCACCUCAAACCUACAUCACACAAUUACACCAAACCUACAUCACACAGUUACACACAUACCCACCUCAAACCUACAUCACACAAUUACACACAUACCCACCUCAAACCUACAUUACACAGUUACACACAUACUCACCUCAAACCUACAUCACACAAUUACAUACAUACCCACCUCAAACCUACAUCACACAAUUACACGCAUACCCACCUCAAACCUACAUCACACAAGCAUUAAGUUCUGAUGGAAAGUAA